UUUUGGAAGUCACGUGCUCAUCCUCUCCAAUCUGAGCGGAGGCUCCGCGAUCCUGGGCGACAUCAGCCAUUUGUAUGGUGUUUGGCGAGGGAGCUUUGUAACGGGCAGGCCUCGGGAUGCUGCGGCUCUCGGGGGAUACUAGGAGCUGUGUGACCUCGGUGACUCCUUCUGUGUGCACACCUCGCUGGGCGGCCGAGGUGCUGAAGGGAAGAUGUUGAUCUAUUACCUUCUGGCUCAGUUUGCCUUCCAUUUGAAUGCAGUUUUAGGUGACAUUUUAAAGCCAUGUGGACGUGUAAUUCCAGAAUCUCCUCUUGUGAGGCUCAAUUCCAACUUUACCGCAUACUGUGUCCUGGAUGAGAAAUGCAUGCCUCUGGAUUCCAGAAAAUUGAUCUGGAAAAUUCGCAAUAAGACUGUCCCAGAAAACCAGUACACCAUCAUCAAUGCAACAGUUUCCAGUGUAACUAUCAUUCCCACGUCUACAUCAGAUGAUCAGCUCACAUGCAACGCUUUAGUACAUGAAGACAUUAAAACUACUCUUCAUGGAAUCUUUUUGAAAUUGGCUUACCCUCCAGACAAGCCUGACAACUUAACUUGCAUUUCAUAUAAUGCAGAAAAUCUGACUUGUUCCUGGGAUCCUGGAAGACCAACUCUCUUGCCCACAAACUAUACUUUAAAGAGAAAGUGGCGUUAUUCACCCGAGAUAAAGGACUGCAUACCCAAAGAUGUAAAUAAUUCCUGCACAGUGGACUGGCCAAAUUUUCAACUCUAUGUUGACACACUAUUCUGGGUUGAAGCUGCAAACGAUCUGGAGACCGUAACAUCCGAUAUUCUGGAGUGGGAUAUUGCGAACAUAGUUAAGCCUAAUCCUCCUGAAAUUAAGCAGUUGGUUACUACUGUGGGGUUACCCAAAGCCAUUAAAAUAGAGUGGAAAAAUCCAAUGGAAGAUAAUCCAAAUAUGCAAAUGAAGUACAUUAUUCGAUAUCGGACCAAUAGCAGCCAAGAAUGGGAAGAGGUGCCCCAGAGUGAUACUGCCUCCCACAGAUCAUCUUUCACUCUACAAGAUCUCCUGCCAUACACUGUGUAUGUGGUUACAAUGCGUUGCAUGCAAAGGAGCGGACAAGGUUUCUGGAGUGAGUGGAGCAAAGGGAAAUAUACAACUACCCCGGAAGAUAAACCCAACAAACGUCUAUCCUUAUGGAGAAAGCUUGGUGACCCUAAUGAAUUUGGAAACCGGAGUGUUACUCUCAUAUGGAAGGUUCUAGAGCCACAGAACGCCAAUGGGAAAAUAUUGAAUUACACAGUUACCAUCCUGAAAAGACCAUCUGAGCCCUUUAUAAUCGAUAUUGUAAAUGUCACACAUUAUGAAGUAGCAAUUUCAAAAGACUUCUUUGUUGCCACUGUUAUUGCUAACAACAGCAUGGGGGCAUCUCCACCGUCACAUCUGGCUAUUCCAUCAGCAAAAAAUUCCAAAGCCCAGACUGCAGAGAUUAAAAUUGAAGUCAAACCAGACCCCAGCAAUAAAACGCUUUUGGUAGAAUGGAAAUCCCAGAUUAAAGCUGUUGAUGGUUAUGUAAUUGAAUGGUGUGUUAACUCAGAAUCCACAACCUGCGAUAUGGAAUGGCAGCGAGAGCCAAGCACAUCAAGUAAAGCAUAUCUGAGAGGCGACUUUGAACCUUUUAAAUGCUAUUUGAUCAAAGUUUUCCCAUUGUACAAUGAUGGCCGUGUCAGUUAUGUAUCCGCGGAGGCGUAUCUUAAGGAGGGAGCUCCUUCUGAAGGUCCCAGUGUUCGGACCAAGGAUGUAGAAAAACACAGCGCAAUCUUGGUGUGGAGUCCAGUGCCUCUGGAUAAACGAAAUGGGUUCAUAAAAUACUACACUCUGACGUACGCCUCCAGCCAAGGGAAUGAAACUACAUUGAAAAUAAACCAGUCUGACUCAGAAUUUACCCUUUCGCAAUUAGAGGGUGAUACACUUUACUCUGUCCGCAUGACUGCGUAUACGGAAGGUGGACAAAGGGAUGGUGCUGUAUUUACAUUCACAACACUCAGAUUUGCCAAUGGAGAAAUCGAAGCCAUUGUGGUGACUUCUUGUAUCAUCUUUCUAGUAUUCGUGCUGGCUGGAGCCAUUACAUGCUUCAGCAAACGAGACCUGAUUAAAAAACACAUUUGGCCAAAUGUUCCAGAUCCUUCAAAGAGUAACAUUGCAAAGUGGUCUCCUCAAACUCCAAGUAGGCAUGAAUUCAACCCCAAAAAUAGCCUGUUCCAAGAUGGUAGUUUUACUGAUGUCAGUGUGGUGGAAGUAUCGGAGGAAAAGAAUUCAUACAAUGAACAGGAUAUAAAACCCAUGGAUCCACUGAAGAAGAACACAUCUGAAGGCUUAAGUAGUGGUAUUGGGGGUUCUUCGUGUAUGUCAUCUCCUCAGCUGAGUGUAUCUGAUGGUGAUGGGGUUGAAUCUGCUCAAACCACAUCCAGCACUGUGCAGUAUUCCUCUGUUAUCAUUAGUGGAUAUAGAGACCAGCAGCCAACAACAGUGAUUCCACAUGUAUUUUCAAGAUCCGAAUCAACGCAACCACUUUUGGAGUCUGAAGAAAGACCUGAUGACCAACAGCCUGUAGAGGGAGAAGACCAUCCAGUGGUUGCCAGUCAAUAUUUUAAACAGAACUGCAGUCCAGAAGAAGUCACAGGCAGACUAGAGACCUCGACUAUAGAUGGGGGUCGCCUAGAAAAUGGUCUUCAAGAAGUCAUUAAAUGUCCUGAAGAACAGUCAGCAGAUUCACAAGUGGAUCAUGUUAUUGGAGGAUUAAAAAGCUAUUUGCCACAAAUUGUGAGGCGUGGUGGCUACAUGCCCCAAUAGACUGACAUUUGAGGCUGCGUUUUGGCAUAUUGUUGAAGCCAUGUUUGUGUGGCUUUAGGCAGAACACAUCCAGUAUCAUUUCUGUCCCCCAUUUUAAGAGCUGCUAAUCCGUAUUGUUUGUAUUAUGCUGUCAGAAACCAAAGAUUUUUUUUAAACAAAAAUAGAGAAGAUUAGCAGCAAGCUUCAAAUAUCCUCCAUUUGGUCCAUCAAAUUCAUUAAAUAUAUUUUACUGUAUACAAGAAGCAUUCAUUAAACAUUUGAAUUGUGUACAUAUAAUUGAAUAUAGUUAAGUAGCCAAAAUUACCAAAAUAACCUCUCUGUAAUUAUUUCAUAAAAUUUUAAAAUAAGGUGGCUUAUCCAGUGCUAAUGAUAGUUUUAAACAAAUAUCUGUGAAAUAUAUCUGCUUUGGCAUUGUAACUGUCAGUUUAAUAUGCACGAUGUUUCAGCAUGUGCGACUUACAGAUUGCUUGAACUAGAUGCAACAUAGAUCAGACUGAUAAACAUGCCAAAAUAAAUUUAGUCUUGUCAAAGAUUCCCAUCUGUAACAGGAAAAACAACAGCAACAUUUUGGUAAUCGGGGGGUGCUCAUACUCAGAUCUUCUGAUUUAAGUGGUUUUAGCAAUUCUUAAUACAAACCCAGUUUUCAGAUAUGGAUGUAUAAUUGUGUAAGACAAACAGUGCAUGGAAUCUAUUGGCACAAAGAACAUAAUAUGCAAUUAAGUGUGCACCGUCUGGGCAAACAAUAUUGUGCAUACACCUAGCAUGUCUGUGACAUAUUACAAUAUACAGUGCUCGCAAUCUGUUAAGUAUUGAUAGAUGUAAAAAGAAAAAAGCACUGAUUUUUUUUUUUUUAUGUAUGUUUUUUGUUUUUUUAAAUAGAAUUAUUAAAAUGUAAAAAAAAAUUCACACAGUCUGUUGAAGGCAUUAUUGGAACUUUCAAAAACAUCUCAGGCUUUCUAUCUUCAUAUUGUACUAGGAUGGGCUGGUGUUCUGUAUCUGCCUUGUGUGCCCUGCAUUAUAGCAGGGGUGUCUGAACUCUGCCCUCCAGCUGUUGGUCUAUAUUUCCCAUCGUUUCCUGCCAGGCAACCAUGAGAUGAAGUAAUUAUUUGUAGCCAAGCAUCAUAAAAUGGGAAUUCUAGCCAAAGCUGGACAUCUCUGCAUUCUAGUGUUCCAUAAAAAUGGAAUGUUCCCGUCUAAAUUAUCAGUAUUGUAUGCCAAGAGAUCCUUUAUUUUAUCUUCAGCCAAUUUUAAUUGCACAUUUUUACUAUAUAUAGUAUGUUUAUUAGUUUUCCAAAGCAUUACAAUUGUAUAUAUUUAAUAAAUAUUUAAAUUUGCAUUU